AUUAGUUAGGAUCGCAGUGCCGGACAUAAAUAUUAAUUACCUAUAUUAACAAUGGCAGCUAAUAGCAGAGCCAUUCGCCUUCUAAAGGCUAUGGACAACUUAGUAUCGAAAAAGUGUUUUGAUUCCGGUGUUGUUCUCAACAAAUUGAAGGUGACCACGGCGACCAAUGGAGAAUUUAAAGGAACUUUUACUGUGGAUAAAUCUAUGUGUAACAUGGCGGGUACCUUGCAUGGAGGCUACAUUGCAGCUGUAUCCGACGUUUUUUCAUAUUAUACACUACUCAGCAAUAAUGACGCUAAGAUCUCUUUCACUAUUGCAAUGAAUAUUAACUAUAUCAAGGCAGCAUUUGAAGGAGAAACAGUGAACGUGGCUUCCAAAUCUUUGAAAAAAGGAAAAACUUCAGUGGUAGAAACAUAUUUCCAUAAUGAAAAAGGAAAUAUUUUAGCUAAAUCAAUCAUCUCGUUUCUAGCCGGACCAGAAUCAAUGCAAUCGAUACCAAAAGAUUUUAUAGGUUUUGAUUUGACACAAAACUAAUUUGUAAAUUAUAUUUAAUAGACGUGAAACUAC